AUGGAAAAAAUUGAGAUGCAGCCAUGGUAUUUGGGAUUCCUGUCAAGGGAUCAUAUUGCAUCACAUUUAUUAAAACCCGGUGAUUGGUGUGUUCGUAGUUCGGGUACCAAUGCAAAACGUUUACUAUUUGUGAUAACAAAAGUGGAUGAAAAGAAUGUGCGCGAAUUGAAGCUUGUUUAUAAAGAAAACUUGAAAGGAUGGACACUGUUGGACAUGAAAAAUACGGCUGUAAAUAAUGAAUUGAUCACAUACGGAUCAAUUACUAAACUUUUAUCUGACGAAUCAAACAUCCGCCAAAAGAUGAAUUUACAAAAUCCAAUUAAUCGUCCUAAUUAUCUAUUAGACGAUGAGAAUUUAACGAUGACAGAUAUCAAAUUAGGAGAGGGACAUUAUGCGGAAGUACUUAAAGGAACGCUAAAAAUGGGCACUGAAAAAAUUACUGUUGCGGUGAAACGUUGCUUACAAAUCGACGAAGUUAGCAUCACUGACAAACUACCUACCAAAGAUAUUAUCAAAAUAAAGCUUGCGAAAUCGCAAAUGAUCGCUGAAGCUCGAUUAGUUUCCGAUUUUAUGCAUGAGAAUAUCAUUAGGAUAUAUGGGGUAGCUUGUAAUUUUGCACCUGUUAAGGUUGUGAUGGAAUAUUGUCCUGGUGGUUCGUUGAAAAAUUUGCUCAUUAAACAUAAAGAAGCAAUCAAAAAUGAAGAACGAAAUAUAUUUUUAUAUGAAGCAGCGAAAGCAUUACGACAUCUUCAACUCAAAAAAUGUGUCCACAGGGAUGUUGCUGCUAGAAAUUGUUUGAUUGGAAUCAAUGGUUCACUGAAACUAUCCGAUUUUGGUUUAAGCAGACGUUUGAAAGAUUUGAAAAAUGUGUCCAGUGAUAAUGAAAAUAUUGCUUGGCCAAUACCAUGGAUGGCACCGGAAACACUAUCAAAGAAGCCAAAGUUUACAACAAAAAGUGAUGUUUACGCAUUUGGAAUUCUAAUUUAUGAGGUCUAUUCUUGCGGUGGUGAGCCAUGGCCUGAUAUUGCUCUGGUUCAAGAUAUAAUACCACUUGUGAGGAAAGGAAGGAUUAUGACCACACCGUUAUUAUUAAAUGACAAAAAUGUCAAAGAGAUUAUGUGUCAGUGUUGGAAACGAAAAGCUGUGCAGAGGCCUGAUUUUAUCGAAAUUGUGAAAAGGCUUCGUACGGUGUUAAAAUCACAAAAGUUACCCGCUGGACAAGAUCGCAUUAUAAAUAUGCUAGAUGGAAUCGAUUCAUCGAAAAAUUCAAUCAAUUUGGAGGAGAGUUCACCGGAUAGCGUGUUAUCAAAAAAACUUGAAAUGGAUGAUAAAGCAGCUCAGAAGCUAACAGAAACAACCGAAGAGCCAAGUACAACAUUAACAAGAGGUGAAGCUCGAGCUUCUGAUCCUACUUUAGAGACAUACAAACAUAAUGUGGAAAUACGAUCAAGAGCAUCAGGUGAACUUCGAAAAUGGAAUAGACGUUCAUUACCAACAUCAGGGUCAUCGUCAGAUGCAACUUCCAGGAAAUAUUCUCGAAAAUGGACAAAAUCGAUCGUAUCCAGACGUAAAACUCAACUUAGCCGACAUAAAAAUCAAAGUAAACAAACAAGCGAUAAAUCCUAA